UUGUUCAAGAAUGGUACCUCAUAUUAUUUUUUAUUUUCCUAUUUCUGCUUCUUCGCGCUUUAAAUUUAGUGAAAGAGCAGAAAAAAUUGAAGUUAAGCAAGUAGAUGGCAAAAAACAUACAAAUUACCAAAUAGCCAAUAUUUACAAUCCACAAGUGAAAUUUGUACUUUGUAAUGAAGAAUGCAAUAAUGGAAGAACCUCUCGUAUUCAUAUCAAAAAAAUGCAAGAAUAG